AUGCCGAGAAAGACGUCGCGCGACACAAAACAGGCCGAGCCACGAGUGACAAGAAGGACAAGAUCACAAACGAAGCCGGACGAAUCCGAUAGAGAAGAGCCGGGACCGUCGGACGAAAAGAAGUCGAAGCCAGAAUCGCCAGACGACGGUGAAGUGGAGAACGUGUUUGGAGUGACAUCAGAAGCUCAAGAACAUUUGAAUCAACAGAACAACGUGCCAAUCGAGGAGGACAACAGUUUGGAUGGCUUGAAGGCCAAAGUCGCAAAGCUGGAAUUGGAGCUUUUGGUAGGGUUUUUUCGGAAAUUAAAUGCUUGAGGGUUUUUAACUCUAAAUGACUUUUUAAUUUUAAAAAUAAUAACAAAAGAUAUCUUUCCAGAAAGCGGAAAAGUCGAAAAGAGUACUGUACAAAGCGCUGGUCCGAGAACGCAACAUGAAUGGCGAAAAGCCGUCGGUCCUGAUGACAGAAGCCACCAAGUCUGGCCACAACUUUUGCAAAGCCUUCAGCACACUGUCCUCCGAUCAGAAGCAUGAACGUAUCCGCCUUUUGGUGGGCGUGGUAAACGAAUUCGCCGACCCCAAAGGCAUUUGUGACGAUCGCAAAACGGAAGUUGUGGCCAUGAUGGAAGCGCUUCAGAAUCACUUUGACAAUGAUGAACAUGCAUUCCAAUGA